CAGACCGCUCCUCUUCAUCAGGAGGACGAUCCCGCGGAGAGACGAUGCUGCGGGGCUGCGCUCUGCCGUGACCGACAUUUCCCUGGGAGAAGCCGUCCGGGGCCGUGAGCUGCAGCCCGGCAGGGGAGACGGCGAGGAGAUGACGGGAGCGGGACGAGCCCGUUCCCCGCCGAGCCAGUGAUGUCCGUUGGCGGAGAGGCGGUCCGUGUGCGGGGGUCCCUGCUGCUGCUGCCGCUGCUGCUGCUGCUGCUGCUGCAGCUGCAGCGGGCCCGGGCCGGGGCCGGGGCCGCCGGGGACCUGACGGUGGACGGCUCCAACCUAACGGGCGGGUACCUGCGCAUCGGGGACGGGUCCUCGCAGGAGUUCGACUUCCCCGAAAACACGUACGGCGUGAUCGUGGUGUCCAGCCGGUACCGGGGCCGCGCCGGCCAGCAGGCGGUGCGGGUCCGCUCCCUGGACCCGGAGGUUCUGUGCAUCCUCAACGUGACCAGCAGCAGCCGCAGCCACACCAUCAGCAUCCGCUCCGGGUUCCCGGGCCGGGCCCCGCUGCUGCUGCAGCUGCUGGACCUGGACCUGGCCCGGGGCCCGGUGCUGGUGGAGGAGAGGACGGACUACGCCAUCAGGGUGGCCCCCGGGGGCCCGGUGCAGUCCGGGGGGCUGGCCCACUUCUCGGAGAACCCGCUGCUGUUCGCCCUGCUGCCGCUCAUCUUCGUCAACAAGUGUGCGUUCGGCUGCAAGGUGGAGGUGGAGGUGCUGCGGGCGCUGCUGCGGGGCCCCUGGCCCCUGCUGCUGGGCGUGGGGGCCCAGUUCCUGGUCAUGCCCGUGUACGCCUACUGCGUGUCCCUGCUGGCCUCGCUGCCCAAGGCGCUGGCCCUGGGGCUGGUCAUCACCUGCUCGGCCCCCGGCGGAGGGGGGGGGUACCUGUACAGCCUGCUGCUGGGGGGGGACGUCACCCUGGCCAUCUCCAUGACCCUGGUGUCCACGGUGGUGGCCACGGCCGCCAUGCCCCUGUCCUCGGCCCUGUACGGCCGGCUGCUGGGCGUGCACGCCGCCCUGCACGUGCCCUUCGUCAAGAUCCUGGGCACCUUGCUCUUCAUCGCCAUCCCCAUCUCCCUGGGCAUGCUGAUCAAGCUGCGCCUGCCCGCCCUCACCCGCGUCCUGCUGGUGCUCAUCCGGCCCUUCAGCCUCGUGCUCAUGAUAGGCGGCAUCUUCAUGGCCUACCAGAUGGGCGCGUCCAUCCUGGCCAACGUGGAGCCCCGGAUCGUGGCGGUCGGGGUCACGGUGCCUUUGCUGGGCCUGGUGGUCGGAGCCGCCUUGGCGAAGCUGGCGGGCUUGGCUCCUCCGCAGAGGAAGACCGUCAGCAUCGAGGUGGGCGUGCAGAACAGCCUGCUGGCCCUCGCUGUCAUGCAGCUGUCUUUCCAGAGGACUGAGGCGGACUUUGCGUCGCAGGCGCCCUUCAUCGUGGCCCUCAGCAGCACCUCGGAGAUGCUGCUCAUCGUCCUGGGAUACUUCAUCCAGCGGAGAUUCUGUGGUCCUGCGGCCCUCAGGAGCGACACCUGAUUGUAGCCACGGUUUUGUUCUGAACUUGAAUGAAUCUUUUUAAACCUGUGGAAAUCUGGCCUCACAGAGUCUUACCUGCAAGACGCCCAACAAUAUCCAGUCCAGUCAUCACUGCUUUUGUACACAGGACAGUGAAAAGACUUUUUAUGGUCAUUUUGUUGUCAGUUUGUUUUUUUUUGUUUUUUUUUUAAUGAAAACCAAAGGCCUUUUACCCCUCUGAGACCUUUCUGUGUUUGAUUUUACAUUAUGUACUUUUUCAGAUAAGAUUAUACUGUGAGGUACUUCAUGUAAAUAUUCGUUAUUUGAGAAAAAUCUAUGAAACAAGAGAUAUUUUUCUACCAGAUUACUUUUUGCAAUCCAAAAUCAAAGACUGAUUUAUAUCAUGUUUACAAGAAGUCCAUGUGUCUUAGCCUGAGGGGAAUUUUGUUGCUAAAAGUGGAAAAAUUUGUGACCCUAAAACGAAGCGUGAUAACAUUUUUGAAAGUAUUUGCCACUGAUUGUGUCUCCCGGAUCUGUACUUGAACAUUCGAAAGGAAAAUAAAACUAAAUUAAAAUCCUU